CUGGUGGCCAUCACCACAUCUCAUGGCAAAGAAUUCCAUAAAUUGAUAAGGAGGGACAGAAGCACCUGCAGAGGUGCAGAGAAAGAAGAAUGUGUGUGCUGUGGGGUGCAGAGAGAAACAAGUUGUGGAAACUGAAAACAUGUUAAAAAGAAAAGCCUGGCUUGAAACUCUGGCAAAAAAUUAUGUGGGGAACAUCAACCGCCCCACCCCCAUUCUGAGUUCUAGUUAUGCAAAGCCUAACAUUAUUGUUUUAAAGAAGGUAUUUUUCCCCCUAGCUUUGCCACUUUGGAAUCCAUGGCUUCUGCUGAAAAACCCUCCGAUGUUAUACGGAAAGCCAGAAAAAAGUUAACAGAAGCUCUUCAGAGAGACCCAGAACUGAUCUUCACUGUGGCCCGGUCCCAACAGCUCCUCACAGAGGGCGAGUUCUCCUCCCUCUCCCAGAUACAUGAGCCACAAGAGUUUCUAGAAAACUUCAUCGAUACUGUGCUGAGAAAAGAGGAAUCAACACAUGAACGUUUCCUAGAGUUCCUGGAGAACCUGAGGCACGUCUUGCCAAGCUUGCGGCCCAUUUCUGAAUAUUUGGAGGAUGAAGCAAAAUCAUCUCCUUUCAAAGUCACAUUCAGAGUCACACUUUCAAAUAACAGAAACACAGCUGGGUCAAAGCCAGCUAGAGAUAGACCUUAUUCAGAGGAUGCAAAAGAAAAUCUGGAGAGAGAAGGUUCAUCAGGAGCAGCCACUGGGUCAUCUGAUUCAGAUACGUUAUCUAGUCAUGAGAUGAUAUCCAAGGGGAAAAAAUGGCUGACAGAAAUCCUUAAGAAGGAUCUAGAACUCAUUAUAGAAGAGUUAAUCUCCCAAUCAGUCAUUGAAAAAGAACAAUGUGAGUUAUUAGUCAAGCUGGAGGAGGAUUCCAAGACAAAAGUUCAAAUUUUGCUGCUUCAGAUACAGCAAGGAGGAGAAACAACCUGCCACAAGUUCCUGGAAUGUUUAAAUGUUGCAUGUCCAGGUUCAUACCAGAAUCUGCAACGUUCACUAUAUGAUCAGGAUCAAAAUCCAGGGCAGAGUUUUGGCCAUUUGGAGCUGCAAUCAGAAUCCACUCCAGAUGUUUAUCUCUAUUCCCUUUUUCAAUUUCUAGCAGCAAAGUCCUCUUCUGUAUGCACCACAGAGAGUUUCGCAAGGCCUCAGAACACAGGCUUAACACCAGUUAGUUCAAGGGAGAAAAAAGAGGAGAAUCCAAGCAGAGGGAUGUCAUCAGGAACAACCACAAAAGGGUUAUGGGAUUCAUCGAGGAUGUCUGGCAAUGAGAUUAUACAGAAAGGGAGAAAACAGUUAACUGAAAUCAUUCAGGAGGACCUAGAAAUCGUUCUAGAUGAGUUACUCUCCCAGUCUGUCAUCACAGAGGAAGAAUAUGCAAACUUGAACAAAACGGAGGAGGAUUCCAAGAAGAAAAGUCAGAAAUUGCUGCUUCUGAUACAAAAAAAGGGGGAACGUGCCUGCUGCUGGUUCCUGGAUUGCAUAGAAAUUGCAUGUUCAGGUUCAAAGCAGUCUCUGCAGCCUUUACUUAACGGUCAGGAUCAAAAUCCAGGACAGAGUUUUGGCCAUUUGGAGCUGCAAUCAGAAUCCACUCCAGAUAGAAGCAAAUCACUUCAAAAUGUUCUUGCCAAAUUAAAUUUACAGAAGUAUAUAAACAAGGAACUUACCCUAAGAGAAGUCCUGGAAAUCAGUUCAGAAAGUCUGAAGGAAAGGACCCCUCAGUCACUGGGAGACUUGCCUUGGCAUUUUCUGAGGAAUGUCUUUGCUUUGAAUGUAACUGCCAGGAACACAAGACUUGGGAAAGGGACACCCAAUGAUCAAGGAAUGAGAGGAAAGGAAGAGGAAGAGAUAUUUGAUGAGGGAAUUUUCUUCACUAGUGAAAUGGAUGACGAAGUUUCUGUGAACCCCCUUGAUGUCCUUUGUGCAGUUCUGAUUAGUUCAGAUAGUUUCCUUCAACAGGAGAUCUUCUCCAAAAUGUCCCUGUGCCAGUUUGCUCUGCCUUUGCUUCUGCCUCCCUUGGAGACUCCCAAGUGCACCCUGAUGCUCUGGGCCAUGAGAGACAUUGUGAGAAAAUGGAGGCCCCAUUCCCUGAUUGAAAAGAGAAGCUUCAGAGAGGAGAGCCUGGUGCGGACCUCCAUGCCCACCAUUUCCUUUGUCCGGAUGGGCAGCUGCAGCCUCUCCAAGUCCAAACUCCUCAAUUUGUUUCUCAGCCCCUCCCAACAACACUACGAUUUCUUCAUACACCGAGACAUGGACAUUUCGAACAGCCUCCGUGAAAUCGCUAAUGGGCUUGUAGAAAUGGCCUGGUAUUUCCCAGGGGGUCAGAAAAGCUCUGAUCUCUUCUCAGAACCAGUUGCAAUUGCAAAUCUCUGUGGGAGUGUGGAGUCUCAUUGGCUGCAGUUCCUCUUUCUAACACAAGUUUCCUCAGCAGUAUUUAUAUUUACUGAAUGUUUUGGAGAGAAAGAAUAUGCCCUCUUGUCAUCAUUGAACAAAUCAUUGUCUCGGUGUUAUUUCAUCUUGGAACGUCACAGUAAAAAAUUCACUGAAACUUCACAUUUUAUAAGUGAAUUAGCUACUGCAUUUAAACUGAAGAAUUCACAAAUACUAAUGAAAGGUGACAGGAUAAAUGAAGCACAGUUUGUGAAAAAUCUACAAUCUAUUGUUGAGAGAAUAAUACUCUCUUCUUCUAAGAGCAUGAGUGUACUAAAGAUGGCUGAUGUGGCCCGUGAAUUUAAAAUCCAGGUGGAUGAGGAUGCUCAAGAGUGUCAGCAUGCCCUCAGAUAUGCUAAUGAAAUCACACAAGGUAUCAAAGACAUAGUAAUCUAUAAAAAAGAAACACUGGUGCUCCAAGGUGAUCUCUGGAAAAAUCUGGCAAGAGUGGAAAAAGAACUAUGCAGAAUGAAAAGCCAAGGGGACACACCUUCAGAACAGUACAAGUCCAUCUUGAAAGGUAGACGGGUGGAACUGCACAAACAGCAGAAUGAGUGUGAUCUCACCCCUGGUUUAAUUAAGUUCAUUGGUGGCAUAACACAUUUGAAUUCAGCAGAGAAGCAAUAUUUCUUAAAAUGGAUGAAACUUCACCUGGAUUGGAUUGCCAGGGGCAAUUCUACUAAUCUGCGGGCAAAAUACAAAGAGAGAUGCAAGACCUUAGGAGACAAGGGCCAGAAGACUGCAGAAUUAGACCAACUGAUAUCGUCUUCUUCCUUGGGAGUUGAGCAUUUCAUGCGUGAACUAGGGCAGUUUUAUGAGGCUGAGCAUUCAAUGGUUAGAGAGGGCAGAAUAGCAAAAAGCAGAAGGCAGUUUGUCCAUUUCCCAAGCAUCGCAGUUGACCUGAUGCUGGAUGGUUUUCCUCUAGAGCUUAUUGAUGGAGAUGCAUCCAACAUCCCCCUUCAGUGGAUAACUGAUGUUCUGACUGAACUCAAUCAUAAAGUAGGAGGUCGAUCCAAAAUGGUGGUGAUCACUGUGCUCGGGGUGCAGAGCACUGGGAAGUCCACCCUCCUCAACACCAUGUUUGGGCUGCAGUUUGCUGUCAGCAGUGGCCGAUGUACACGAGGCGCCUUCAUGAUGCUCCUUCAAGUCAAAGGAAACUUGGUUCAGGAGUUUGGCUGUGAUUUCAUCCUAGUAAUAGACACAGAAGGCUUGAAAGCCCCUGAACUGGCCAAGUUGGGAGACAGCGACCAACAUGACAAUGAGUUGGGCACUCUAGUAAUUGGCUUGAGUGACAUCACAAUAGUGAACAUGGCCAUGGAGAAUGCCACUGAAAUGAAGGACAUCUUGCAAAUUGUGACCCAUGCCUUCCUCAGGAUGAAGGAGAUUGGGCAAAAACGCAACUGCCAGUUUGUUCAUCAGAAUGUCAGUGAUGUUUGUGCUCAUGAUCAAAACAUGAGUGACAGGAAUCGCCUUUUGGAGCAGCUGAAUGAAAUGACUCAGGCUGCGGCAAAGAUGGAAAACACCAAGAAGAACAUCAAGUUUUCAGACAUCAUGGACUAUGACCCAGAAAUACAUAACUGGUACAUUCCAGGUCUGUGGCAUGGAGUCCCACCCAUGGCUCCAGUCAACAGGGGCUAUAGUGAAAAGGUCUUUGAGCUAAAGAAAUACCUAUUUGAAUAUAUAAAGCAUCUUUCACGUGAAAGGCCUCUCAAAGACAUUCCUCAGUUUAUUGAGUGGGUGAAGAGUCUGUGGAAUGCUGUGAAACAUGAAAACUUCAUCUUCAGCUUCCGCAACAGCCUCAUAGCAGAAGCCUAUACCAACCUGUCCACAAGCUAUUCUGAAUGGGAGUGGGCUUUCCGCAAAGAGAUGCACGUUUGGGUAUCUGAGCAGGAAACUGUGAUACAAAAUGUUUCCCUUGAUGCACUUGAUCUCAGUACUUUGAAAUGUGAGCUCCAAAAGAAAUUAUCCAUUGAGGAAGAGAGGAUUUCCAAGAAUCUGAGGCAGUACUUUGAAAGUGGAGCAGGAAAUGUGUAUCUGGUAGAAAAGUACAAAGAAGAUUUUGUCAAGAGUGCCAACAGCCUCAAAAGUGAACUUGAAGGUUCUUCUUAUAGCAAAUUGGAGGAUGCCAGACGCAUUAAAAAGGGUCGAUACAAGACCGACAUUAUCUUAAGCAGAUAUGUGAAAACAAUUGAAGAAAAGGUUGAUGGGCUUCUUGAUGAAUGCAGGAAAAACAAAUGUAGAUUGGAAAACUGCAAGCUGAAAGAGGAGUUUGAAAGAAUGUGGACCAAAACAUUCUUGGAAUUAACACCAAUGCACUUGCAGAAACGCCAAGUAUGUUCAAAUGUUGAGUCACAUCUGAGAAAAGAUUUGUCAUCUCGUGGCAGGCUAUUCAAUGAAAAAUUACAAAAAGGUUUGUUAAGCUACAGAAUAAAAGCCUUCAAAAUAAAAGAUGAAUAUAUACACUUAUCAUGGUUUAAAAAUGUUUUCAAAAAAAACAAAAAAUUGUAUCAAGUAGAUGAACUUGCUAAAUCUUUGAUAGACAAAUGCAGUAGGUACUUUGAUGAAAAGGCCAAUUCCAUGGAGGAUUAUGAUGAAACCUAUUGUGUUGAACUUUUGCAUAUGAUCAAUAAGGAACUUCAGGAGAAUAAUGUUGAAAAACUUUGUACAACACCUGGUUUUGAAGUAGACCUAAAGCUUCAUAUUUUGGGAGAAGCAGCCCAUGCAUUUCAGAAGAUGCAUGAAGAUUUCAUGAAGGAAAAUGAUCCCCUAUUACGUCUGGAGAAACUGAAACUUCAGUAUUUCUCUGUUUUUAGAGAUCUUUAUCUGGAAAAAGAUGCCGAGCAAAGCAGGGCUAAGGAUUUCUGUGACAAAUGUCUUCAUCCUGCCCUAGUGGAUUACAUCAACAAAAGACUUGGGAUAGAAAUAGUGGAGAACUUUAUAAGAAAUGCACAGUCCACUGAAUUUGCCUGUCGGAGCUUCUUCCAGUUUACUGUUCUGCAGGAGUUGUUGGAAGGGAUGAAUUUUGGUCAAUAUGUGAAAUACAUCUUGACCUAUGAAGAGUUUGUCAAGAGCUGGAUCUGGACACGAAUGUUGGAUCGCUAUGAAAAAAACAAUGAUCUGGAAAACCUUGAAAAAGAGAUUCUCUCUGUAAUAAUAAACAAAAUUAGGGAGACUCUGGAAAAGCCAAAGCAAAAAGAUGCUGGGGCAAUCCCAGAGUUUUUGGACAACUUUUGCAAAGCAAUGCAGAAAGACCUGGUAAUUUCUGAGGACAAUCUAGUGGGGAUACAGUUUAAAAACGAAUUGGUUCCUAAGCAAUUUUCAGCUUACAUUAAAAAUGUUCUCCCUGGUUUGGAAAAACAAAUACUAUCUGAGUUGAAACUCAUGGAUGUUAAAUUCACAUUCACCAAACUGCCUGUGAAGCCCCAGGAUGAGAUCUUCAAGCGAGUGUUUGGCUGCGGGAAGCAGUGCCCCUUCUGCAAAGUCCCCUGUGAAGCUGGAGGGAAAGCUCAUCAAGAGCACUUUGCAGCAGUCCAUCGACCUCAAGGACUGGGGAGAUACAGAUGGGAUAAAACAAAAGAGCUUUAUUAUUCAUUGUGCUCUUCUGAUGUGGUUUCUGACAAUUGGUUCAAAAAUAGACACACAGACAAAAAAUGGCAUCCAUACAAAAACUAUCGUGACUAUUAUCCAGACUGGAACAUUCAACCAGAUCCCAGUAUCAAUGCUUCUGAUUACUGGAAGUUCAUUUUUGCAGAAUUCAAUCAUGAUUUUGCCAGAAAAUAUUGUGCAAAACCAGCAGAAUUGCCAGAGGACUGGAAAAAGAUUACCAAAGAACAAGCAAAGGAAGCUUUGAAGGAAACCUAUAAUAUGAAGUAAGCAGUACUACCUUGAAAAAGAAAAGCUGAAGUUCCAUACUGAGCCCAACAUUCAUGAAGCACACAUUUUCCCAUCAAAACUGCACACCAGUAAUUUAUUGAUGAACAUCACAGGUGUUACCUGCAUUUGUCAUUGAUUUCCUUCCACAAAUUAUGGCAAGGUAGACUGAGGGCAGUGAAACAAUCAAGUUUAUUUUUUAUUCAGAUGGUGAUAAAUUGAAGAUGCUUUCCAACAAAUGUGUGGUAUUAGCAAACAAAAUAUUCAUUUCUAAUCCUCAGGAUUCCCCCCCCCCCCGUAUUAAUCCUAUUAAUAUAGGAUUAAUUGUAUUUUAAUCCUAUAUCACGUAAAGGGGCUUCUAUGCUUUUUAAUCACGUAUUCAUAUAUAUCAAUUUGGUCUAGAUCUGUUUGAACUUUAUAAAGGCAUUUAGCUGUUCUUUUGAAAAUUGCGGUACCAGCUGUGUGCUAAGAGGAUUCUCGGCAGAAGAGAGGAAGUUGGAGUUGGUUUGGGGUCAGAUACAGGGGCGUAACUAUAAUAGGGCAAGGGGAGACAGUUGUCUGGGGCCCCACUGCCUCAGCCCCACCCCCAGAGGCAAGUCACAUGACUGACUCCCCCAGCCACACACCUGCCCGGGCUUCCUUCAGUUGUAUUCAUCCUCUGAAACUGAUGUGAGUGUUAAGACCUGGAGUUACCAGAACAGCAUGUCUUUCUCUAGUACCGUUAAACGACUUGUUGCAUCGUCCACAAAUUACAAAACCUUUACAAAAAUAAUUUAGGAUGAUGUUCUGUUGUGGCACAUAGGAUAUAUAGAUAUAUAAAUUUUACUAUGCUUUUUGUUACCACUAUUCAGCCUCAUUUAAGAUUGCUUUACUUCAUGAGCUGAGCUUCAGUGAGGGGGGGACAUUUUAAAAUCUUGUCUCUGGGCCCACUCCAACCUUGCUACACCCCUGGUCAGAUACAUGGGACAUUUUGCCAAAUUAAUUACUGUAAGAUGGCUUACGUUCUAACGAACAAACUGCAAGAACAGAGAAGGGGCUUUUUCUGCUGAGAAUUAACCAUUAGGUAAUAGUCAAAUGACAGAUCAUAAAAUCCAAAUAUUCAAGCUAUGUAAGUCAGCAGUUCAUGAUUUUUGCACACAAUCUAUACCUAAUCAUUCUAAAAUGACAUCUUUCUAAUCAAGAUGGGUGGUAGCUUGUAAUUAGACGUGGCCUAUCAAAACCUAACAAGUACUCCAAGCCAUCCUUUUGGGAGGGAAAGACACUCCUCCAUGAUAAGGGAUUAUAAAAGUUUGGAUCACGAAUUAGUUUUUAGAUUCCCCCCUUUUUGACCCCUUAUGAGUUUCUAACAUGUGUACUCCUUUUCCAAAUUUUGUCCAAAGCUUUGGGCUUUAUGUCCUAGCUAUAAUCUUUGAUACCUUCUUUUAAGUUUUCCCUAGCUCUAAACUUUAAGCUCUAUAAUUUGUGUGUGUGGGGGGGAGGAGUUCUUUUGAUUUUCAUUGAAGCUUCUAUUCUGAGUUUUCUUUUUGUGUUACUGAGACUGAUUUGCUGGUUUACCUGGAGUGGUAAGAUAUCUACUAGACUGUUUAGACUAUUAAGAUCAGCUCCUCUCAUUUGUUUUCUCUUGUAACUCAAAUAAAAUGUUAAAUUG